AUGUGGGCAUGUGGUCCAUGGCACUGGGAGGCGAACCCGGGGCUUACGCGCUUGGAGCAGGAAGAGCUCGCCUUCAUGAAGAGCUCAUUGAAGCGGGAGAUCGACGAUGCCCCGCCGGUGGAGGACCAAAGCCUUCAUGGCCAGGAGAAGGCGAUCCGCCGCGCCUACCGAAACAUCGCCCGCCGGUUCCGGAGGAACAUCUUUGAAGACCAGGUGAAGUUUGACUUCCAGAUGCGCAUUCUGAACCUGGCAAAGGAGAAGCUCUGGUGA